AUGGCAGCAACCGCCGCCGCCCACCACCUGCCCGUUGUGCCGCACCGCCUUGCCCCGAUGCGGCAAAUCAGCAGCAGCCCGCCGCCGCCGCAUCCGGCCUCUCGCUGCUCCGCCACGGGGAAGCUGCCCGUCCAGCUCCAUGCGGCGCCGGCGAGGGCAGAGCGGGCGUAUGGGUUCGCCACACGCGUCGCGUUCAACCCCUCCGGCAACUACGACCUCUCCCUCUCCAUGGGCCAAGACGAGACCCCACAGGUCCAACCUCCGCCACCACCUACCGAAGGGCGUUUUGAGAUCAUUAUCAACAAUGACACCAUCCGAACACUCGACCUAUCGCCGGUUCAAGAAGCACUUGGUGACUUGAGUUCCUUAACAGCAGCUGAUUCAAGAACCCUGUUGGAUCGAACCGUUGGGUUUACCAUUAACUACGAGAGAGAGGAUGAGUACGACACGCGUGAGCUGUCAGAGUUCCCUGACAUCCGGCUGUGGUUUGUGAGGCUUGACGCUGCUUACCCUUGGUUCCCGGUUGUACUUGACUGGAGAGCUGGUGAGCUUGCCAGAUACACUGCAAUGCUUGUCCCUCACCAGAUGAGCAUGCGAAUGGGUGUGGUCUUCAACCCGGAGGCGCUGGAGCUGUUCGUGAUGAAGAAAGUGUUUGCUGUGGAGACUUGGCUGAAGCAGCAAAACCAUCCGAAGCCGAGGUUGAAGACGGCAGACAUGGCCAGGAUGCUCGGUUUCGGUGUUGGAGACGAGCUGUUCCACUUGAUCGAGAAAUACCCUGUCCAUCGUUCGUGA